AUGUUAUCAUUAGAUUUACUUGUAGCACUUGUUAAUCCAUGGAUGGGAUAUACUUGUAAAUCAUGGACAUAUCAUACAAUUGUUUGGACUGUAAGUGCCGUCUCGGCACUAUUGCUACAUCAGCUCAAGCUCUUUGGUCUCUCGUCACUUAAUAUUUGUUGGGUCGAACGCACAAAAGACUCAGAAGAUGUGAAUACGGCCAAUUGGAUCUUUCUAUUUGCAGCCGUGGGGGGAAUCUGCUUCUUAUCGCUUGCUGUGCUACUGUUUGCAAGCUUCCGCUUUGUAAGGCGACAAUUGGAUGUCACGUAUCGUGCGAAGCGUCGCAAUCUGAUUCAGUACUACCGCUAUCUUCUAGUGUUUGCAGGCCAUUGGGUGGCGUGCGGUGCACUGUAUUAUGCUUCAUACUGUGAACACUUUGACGGUAAGAUGGCCAAACAGUUUGAGCUUGCGUUUGCACUAGUCUUUGGAUCAUACCCUGCGCUACUGCUUAUCGUCUGGGUCCUGAACACAGAGCUGUACCAGAAUUUUUCGAGCGAGAAUAACCUGUCCAAGUCAGAGCGAGGAGCUGGUGACUUGAGUACGGAGCAUUUCAGCGCUGCUCUGCGGAAAGAUCUGAUGCGAUACACGACUGCAGGAAUCCGCUGCAGCAUCAGCGAGUUUCCUACCGACAGCUUACGCUCCCCGUUACUUAACCUGACACGAGACCGCUUUGGAUCAAUAGACCGCACUGCUGCACUAUCAUUUUUACAAAUGGAAGAAAGCGGAUCAGCCGGCCUGUAUCACGAGAAGAAGCGGCUAGCAACUACGGUCUACAACGGCGAGUAUCGGUAUUACGAGAAGUUGGGUUUCACUGACUAUGCACCCAAAGUAUUCCAAAAUAUUCGCGAGAUUUGUGGCGUCGACAACGAAAUGUAUGAGCAGUCAUUUGCAGACACGCUGCUGGAGCGCGCAUCGGAAGGCAAGUCUGGGAUGUUGUUUUACUUUACAAGUGAUCGCAAAUACCUGGUAAAGACUAUGACGAAGCGAGAGCACUCAUUUCUACUAGAGGUGCUUCCACUGUACCACCAGUAUAUUUUGAAGCAGCCGAAUUCUCUCUUAUGUCGGUUUCUUGGAUGUCACUCGAUGCAGCUUCCUGUUGGAUGGAACAAAAUGUUUUUUGUUGUGAUGAAGAACAUCUUUCCGGACGGACCGGUUGAUGAACGCUACGACCUAAAAGGAAUAUUCCACCAGUCCAACUUCAGGCACCAAGAAGGUGUUCCAACACCAGUGUCAAGUGACUGGAGCCGAAGCGGCAGGGAAGAAGAAGGAACUGCGCACAUGUUAGAGGAAGACGCUACAGUGUUGAGCGAGGGCCACAGCGUGGACAGCGAACUGGGGUAUGUUACAGAAAAGCAGCCGCUGCUUCGCCGUGGUAGCUCGCGUCCUUCUCUCCGCUAUGAUAACGAUUUUGUAACUCGCCGAGCGUCACUUCGUGUGAAUCCUACAACUCGUGCAAACUUGCUUGCACAGGUAACUAGCGAUUGCGGGUUUCUCCAAGAGCUAGGUAUCAUGGAUUACAGUUGUCUGCUCGGCAUUCGACACUACAACCAUCACAUCGAACCCGAGAUUAUGGAUAACCUUGCACACAAUGCCGUUGUUUCGGCCGAUCAGUCAACUGUCUACUAUCUCGGGUUUGUGGAUAUAUUGCAACAUUACAAUAUUGGAUGGAAAAUGCAACACUGCUUGCUGGCUGCGGUAGUCGACAAGCGACAGAUUACUGCGCUUCCUCCUGCUGAGUAUGCACUGCGAUUUUUAAACUUCAUUCACGAGUAUCUGUUGCGAGAUCCAGAAGGAUCCCAAGUUCGCUCGUACGGGAGCAUAGGGUACUCACCCUCCAGCUUUAUUCGCUAG